AUCUGGUAGACCCGUAGACCCAAAGGUUUCAUUGUUCUCGGCACUCCAUGGCUGUCAGGCAGUUAGUUGUCUUCUCAUUAUUCUUAGGUUACUACUCUCCACAGGAGCUCGGUUCAGAGGCUCUUGAGAGCACCAAGGGAGAGACAAGGGGAUACAAUUUGAAAGCAUGGCACCCUCCCAAGACCGGCUGAGUUCUCUCCCCGAUGCUGUGAUCGGCCAAAUCUUCUCCUUCCUGCCUUUUGAAGAUGCGGUGAGGACCAGCGUUCUAUCGAAGAGGUGGAAGCACCACUGGACCUCUGUCCCUCAUCUCGAGUUUUUCGAAGACAACUUCGAUCGACGCCCCUGGAGACAGAUGAUGCGGCCACUGCUCGUCUCAUCUGGAGUUUCAGAGUGGGAUGAAUUCACCAAACUCAAUUUCGUCGCCAUGGUCGAUCGUUGCCUCCUGCUCCAUUGCUCCUCUAUCCAGAGCGUUCGCCUCCGCUUCAAUCCCGCCGGCGGUCACGCCUCUACCAUCGAGAGAUGGACCCACCAACUAAUCUCCAAGAAACAAAUCCGAGCGCUAGACCUUGAUUUAUGCAAUGGGAACUCAACAGCAGAGAGGACCUCCGGGAGCUUCCCUCUUUUGUGGGACGCCGGCGGCUUCUCUCCUUGCCUCAGGAGCCUCACUCUGCGAAACGUGUCCUUGUCUGGGGACGCCAUUAUCACGCUGCUUCGUGGGUUCAAUUGUCUUGAGAGAUUAUGUUUGGAGUGCUGCAGCACAGUAAUGCGCCAUGAUCUCGUCAUCGGUGGAGGAAGCCAACAGCUGCAGCUCGAGAGUUUCAGGAUGGUGAAGUGUAAGGGAUGGAAGGGAUUGGAGAUCGACGCACCGAAUCUCCGGUCGCUCGAAUACAUCGACAUGGUGAGGCCGUGGCGACGGGUGAACUUACCGUCCCUGUCCGUUGCCAUUCUUGACUUCGAUGAGUGUGAUGACGACGAAGGGAGCAUAGAGGAUGUGGUGAAUCUUCUUGCUGAUCUCACUCAUGUGAAAUCUCUAUCAGUUUCUCCGGCCGCUUUUUGGGCGCUUUCCAAUGGCGAGUCUGUACAAGAGGCCUUAUCCAACGGAUUUCACAACUUGAAACAGCUCACACUGAUGGCUGCACUGUUUGAAGAAGAGCUGGGCGGCUUCUUGGUGUUGCUUUCUAAUUGCCAUCGUCUUCAAAUGCUCACGAUUAAUGACUCUAGCUACUGUCGUCUUCCUCAGUGGGAUGCUUGGAGAAAGCAUGAUGUUCAUGGGUGUCUUGUGCAUCAUCUCAAGACAGUCAAGGUGAAUAGCUUUGCAGGAAGUGACGGUGAAACUCUGUUUGUGAAAUUUUUGCUCGAGAAUGCUGCGGUGCUCGAGUAUCUUGUCAUCAAGAUAGCAAGGUGGCGUCUCAAUGAAGUUGACACACUUGAUAUUGCCAACAAGUUAUUAGCUUUACCAAGAAGCUCUAUCAGCGCCAAAAUCAUGGUUUCAUGACGAUAUGGAUUCUUAAUUUUUCAAACUUCAUGUCUCUUUUCUUUGUGGACGGCGCAGGCUCUCUGGCUCGGAGACAAUAACUUGGUGGUUCCUUGCAAUUAUUCAUCUUCUGCAGCUUUCACACACACACACAUAUAUAACAUGUGUAUAUAUAUUUCG